UGUUAUGUUUUAGAAGCUGAAGAAACAGACGAUGAAGAAAUGAGAAGGAUUCUUUUAGAUUGCAGUCAAGAUAUUCUUAUGGAUGCCAUUCGCCUGGCUACUGAGAUUGCUGCGUCGGUGCCGGAAUUAAAACGAUGUGCCACAGAUCUUUCAAGCUUUCAAUCAGCUGCAGACGAAAUUCAGAUUUCAAGGGGAUCCUGAGAGCAAGAGGCAGAUGUUUAAGCUCUGUGAGCUUGUAGCAGAUUACAGGUGGUUACCGGAACUUAAUGAAAUGUUAUCCAUUAAAAACUCUGAGUGGCAAGAUCAAAGGUGUUUAGAAAUUUACCUGCAAAAAUACAUUCAAGAAAAAGACUUUGAUAAAGCUGAUCACUUUUUGAACUUAAUCGCCACUCGACCAAACUCUUCUAUACUAAACAUAAAUAAUAGCGAGACUGUACAACAACUGAGAUUUGAACAAAUGAAACUUGCAUCAGAAAAAGCGAUUGCAGAAGAAGAUUUAAUAGACACAAUAUGGAAAAAGAUAAUGGACGAAGUAUAUUUGAAACCGUCGUCCACCGAUAGAUCAGAACAUUUAAAUACAACAUCUGAAAACUCACGAGAUGGAGCAAACACUAAAAACUCACAAGAUGGAGCAAACACACCAAACUCACAAGAUGGAGCAAACACACCAAACUCACAAGAUGGAGCAAACACACCAAACUCACAAGAUGGAGCAAACACACCAAACUCACAAGAUGGAGCAAACACACCAAACUCACAAGAUGGAGCAAACACACCAAACUCACAAGAUGGAGCAAACACACCAAACUCACAAGAUGGAGCAAACACACCAAACUCACAAGAUGGAGCAAACACACCAAACUCACAAGAUGGAGCAAACACUACAAACUCACAAGAUGGAGCAAACACACCAAACUCACAAGAUGGAGCAAACACUACAAACUCACAAGAUGGAGCAAACACUACAAACUCACAAGAUGGAGCAAACACUACAAACUCACAAGAUGGUGAAAAUAAUGACAGCACGAAUUUACUAGUUAAUCACGGAAUGCUAUUCGAUGUCAUGUUAGUGGAAAACAUUGACAGCCGUCCAGAUGUUAAAGACGGACUCUGGUCUCACAAAGCCUCGGAUAGAAUAAAACGUAGUUUAAGGGGAAAAUGUGGAUUAACCGUGGAACGACUUCAAGAGAGACGUAUUCCGGGUGACCCACAUUGGAAAAUGUCUUACAUUCGCAAGUCAAAAGUUGUCAUCUUUUUUUUUGGCGUACCUCAAAAUGUAACCACAACA